AUGGGCAACUGUGUACCAACCACGCAUCGCUUCUUCCGCUCUACUCCACGUAGGCGCGUCACAAAAGACUCGCCUAUGAGGGUAGCUGAAUCUGUGGAGGCAGGAGAAGAGACUAGAAUCAGCACAGGCCAUGAAGAGAUAGGGCAAGCGACGAAUAGAAUGAAACAAGCGACUAUGAGUGAGAAUCCAGCGAAAGAGAAGGAGGUAGAAGUCGAAAUCGAGAGUAGGGAAGACACCGAAAUCGACACAGACGCCAUCAGCGAAUGCUCCUCUGGCUUGGGAGAAUUCCCAUCGCUCGAAAGCCUGUGUGAGGAGUAUGAAGAGUUGGAGCAGAUCAAGAAUAGAAUAGAACAGGAGAAUACGAGUGAGAAGGCAGUGCAGAAGAAAGUAGAAGAUGAGACUGAGAUCGAGAUCUCAUUGACUAUUGAGGUCUCACUAAAUAGUCAAACUUCUCUCCUCACUUGGCUAAUCUAA